AUGGGCUCCUACGACUGCCAGAACGGUGUGACGCCGGACCUGCGGUACAUUCCCCUUUCCUACAGCCACGCGGACUCACAAGCUACUGCCCUCCGGCUCAUUCUGACUCUGUUCCCUCACUGGGAAGGCCCGGGAAACAAAGUCGAGUUUGUGCGGUUCACCGACGGCAUCACCAACACUCUCCUUAAAAUCAUCAACCGCAAACCUGGCUUGACCGAGGAGGAAAUUGAUAAUGACGCUGUUUUGAUGCGGGCGUAUGGCAUGGGCACUGAGGUCCUCAUAGACCGAGAACGUACGGAAUCCCCGGGACUUACACAAUUGCUUGCAGAGAAACCUCCUUCCACGCUCUUCUCGCGGGCCGCGGUCUUGCUCCCCCCCUUGUUAGCACGCUUUAAGAACGGACUCCCUAUACCGCUUUAUUCGAGGGAAACCUUGCGGCCACUUGGACCUGGUAACGCCUCCGGUCUACGGGGAGUCGCUCGAAAACUUGGACACUGGCACGCUGUUCUUCCGAAUGAAGGGACUGGGUCUUCAGAGUGGCAGGCCACUCUUGGAAAGCAGGACGAGGGGAUUUCUUUGAUCCAACCACGACGUGCAGGCCAAUCCAUGUGGGCUGUACUCCAGAAAUGGAUUCUUGCUCUCCCGGUGAACACGGCCGAACAGCGGGACCGGCGAUUGGCCCUGCAAAAGGAACUUCACUGGGUACUCGACCAACUGGACGAUGGGAAGGGAAUUGGCGAAGACGGGCUCGUUUUCGCCCACGGCGAUCUUCUAUGCGCCAAUGUGAUUGUCCUGCCAAGUGACGAAAGCGCAUCCACGGAAGAUGGCAUUGCGCCAGUCACUUUCAUCGACUACGAAUAUGCAGUCCCGGCUCCCGCCGCUUUUGACAUCGCCAACCAUCUCGCGGAAUGGAUUGGCUAUGACUGUGAUUACAAUAUGAUCCCCACACAAUCAGUGCGCCGUCAAUUCAUGGCCGAGUACGCCAAGAGCUACUGCCAGCACCGGGGCCUCGACAGUUCCGCUGAAGCCGAGAUCGUUGCCCGAUUAUAUGACGACGUCGACCGAUUCCGUGGUAUUCCUGGGCUUUACUGGGGCGUCUGGGCAUUGAUCCAAGCCCAAAUUUCGCAAAUCGACUUCGACUACGCCAGCUACGCCGAGCUUCGUCUCGGUGAAUAUUGGGCAUGGAAGCGCGAAGUGGACGGUUCGCGCGAAGCCGCUGGGGAAGAGAAGUCCCUGCGCGAGCAGCGCUGGUCGCAGCUAGCGUGA